CAUUCCAAAAUCUCCAUGGAUACCUUUUUCUAUGUUGGUCCUGGCUAUUAGUGACAUGGUUUCUUCCAGUGAUAUGAGUUUUAUCAAAGCGCAUUAUGAACUAUACAAGGCAAAGCAGAUUUCCCGUCAUGAUUUCGUGAAGGAGCUAAGGUUGAUAGUUGGAGAUACUAUAUUAAGAGCUACAAUAACAAAUCUUCAAUUCAGGGUACUAUCAUCAAGCGAUGAAUUGGAAGGCUCCAACCAGAAUGAAGGCAGAGACUAACUGUGUAUGAGGAAUUAAAGAACUUUGCACCGAGAGUUAACUAUUGCCAAUUUUUUGUAUGACAAUCAACAUGAAGUUUUGAUAUUUUUGCUCAUAGCAAAACUGAGUUUUCUCAUUACCUGUUGGCAUUUAUAUAUAUCUAGACGUG